GUUUUAACCGUUCACCUCAGAACCCCUUGUUUUCAUGGACGUGCACGUCGGCAAAGUCAUAAAAAUACUGAUAGGCUGCCACACAAAGAAUACGUGUGCCGUCAAACGGAACAUCCUUGCGCUUCUCAGAAUAAACCGUAACGAGUUCGCACAGAUCAUCCGAGCAGCCAAAGACAAGCUGAAAGAAUACGAAUUGCGACUUAUCGGUGUGACCAAGGGUGACAUUGUGCCCGUCACACAGGCAGAAAAGUUCUUUCUGACGAAGUACUACAACAUCAACGAGGUGAAAAGACGACGUGUUAGUGACACGGAUGAAAAUAGGAGCAACGGUGGUGCUGUAAAGAGUGGUGGUGCUCUGCCGAGGGAGUACCACGCGGUGUUCGUGAUUGUUUUUUUGGAGUCGGGUGCUGUAACUUUGGAUCGGCUGCUGUAUUUCGUGCGUAAACUGCAUUUUGAUGUAAAUAUGGACGAUGUGGUGUAUCAGAUGAAGAAAAUGCAUUAUUUGAUGUUUUUAAAGAAAGAGGAUGUUAUGAUGGUGGCGUAUGAUUGGCGGUUUACCGCAGAAUUUCCGCAUUACAAUCCGAUGCUAGCUCUUGAAAAUUUUUGUACCAACUUGGAGUGAACGGUAAUAAGUUCUACAACACGUACAUACGAUUUGUAUGGUGAGCACCGUUUCUACAUCUUGUGCUGGUGAAGCUGCGCAAUACUUGAGCGAGUUUUUGGCUGUUUGUGUGCAAAUUCCUGCAUAGGCGGUAUUCGCGCUUGUAAGGCACUGCAGCACACGGUAGUACUUAACGUAUCGCUGAUCAAUGUUGUAAUUGCCGAUACGGCAGCACAUCAGCUACGCUACUCCUGCCUACAGGGUAGAACAUGACUUGGACGGCUUAUCACGGACGAAAUACGAACUUUUGCCAGUGAUUAAUUUUACAACUCGUACCAAAAAGCAAAAAUGGUUGAGCAGUGGAAGAUGCUGAUCCUAAAACAGAACAAAUUUUUGUGUGUAACCGAGUUAUAUUCUAUUUUAUGGAUGGAGAUAGCACAAUUGGUUCCGUAAACAGACGUACAGCUAAGAUAAGAGGACAAAUAAGCAUGCUUUUAGUAAAAAAGCAAUUCAAAGACUAAUUAGACUGUUUAGGGAAGAAAAGAAAAUUUUUGUUCCACAUCUUACACGAAAUACAGCGCUAAAAUUGAUACGCAGUUCAUUUUUAGAGAUAAACUUGUCCGUUCUUUACGGGCAAUACCGAAAGGAUGUGAUUAUCGGCCGAAAAGCAAUCCACAAACCAUUACCAAAACAUAAAAUUAAACGGAAAUGGCCGGAAGACGACAAAGCUAUAUUUCCAAAACAAAACAAAUUUUUAUCAAUAACCGCUUUUAUUCCAUUCCAUAAAUGAAAGUAGCAUAACCGGUUAAUUACCAAUUUUUUUUUGCCGUCUUGCACCGUAAUGCCAAAUGAAGGACUUCCACCUUUUAAUAAAUCGAAUAUUCCAG